AUGGCAAGCCGAUCGCUUAAGCCGGCGUCAUACUUGGCCGCCGCCGGCAACCGCAGCCCCAGUCCUAAUCGAAGCAAUUCUCGUCCGCGUCCACGCCCGCGGUUCUCGAGGACGGCCAGCACCACCAGCACGGCGAGCACGAACAGCGAGGAUCACAUCUUUGCCAUGUUGAAGGGCCUGCAUCUGGACAGCGAGGUGCCGUCGCGAUCAACCACGCCGGUCCAGUCGUCGCCCACGUUCCCUCCCCCGUCCGACCCCAACACCACCCCCGGACGCAAGCGAAGCCAACCCAUUGCUAUUGAGAUGCCAAUAUCCCGAGGAACAGCUGCCUAUACCCCGUUGAGCGCGCGCGGAGAUCUGCCUGGAGGAUACUUCCCGCACCACGGCCACGACGAAAACACCAGGCACUACCGCCCACACCCCUUCUCCAACAACUUUGCCCCGUCCUUCAAAGAAGAUCAUUCGACGAGAAUGCCAUCGUCCUUCGCGCCCUCUUCCUUCGCGCCCUCUUCCUCUGACACCACCCCCAUAGCAAUCAGCAUGCUCUCCGGCCAGUUCUCCCCCUCCAUCCCCGAGACCCUGCGCAUCCCCAAGGGAAAGUACUAUCCCUCCAACUACCAGUCGCCCAACCCCUCCGAAAUCUCAACACCCCCGUCCUCCCUCCCCCGCAUCUCUCUCCCACCCACCAAUCUCUCUCUGCCACCCACGUCGUCCAAACGCGCCAGCAAAGAUCGCGCCGGCCACGAACGCACGUCCUCGGACGUCAAGCGCAAGCUGCAGCAAUACCAACGAGACAUGAUUGCCCAGGCCCAGGAAACGGCUUCCACACUGCGGGCUACGACGUCCAAGGAGCCACUCAGUCCGCGCUUACUGCCGGUGGGAAGCCCGGGCCCCAUCACGCCGUUUGAGCUCGAGGAGGCGGAUGGGUAUCUGGUUGCGGGGAAUGCGGCCGUGAGGAAGGAGAAUGAGAGACAGAUCCAGAUGAUGCUUGACGAGCCCUAUGGAGUUAAGGGUUCCCGCAUGUAG